GCAUAUGGUUAUGAAAUUUGUCUCAAAAGAGCACCACACUCGGGAGAUGCCACCAAGGAUGCCGGUGCCAUUGCCGGCCUCAAUGUCAUCCGCAUCAUCAAUGAGCCCACUGCUGCCGCCAUUGCCUAUGGCCUCAACUACAAAGCAGAGAAGAAGAAUGUGUUGGUCUUCGACUUAGGAGGUGGCACCUGUGACGGUACCUUCGAGGUGAGGGCCACCGCUGGCGACACCCACCUUGGCGGGGAGGAUUUCGACAACCGCAUUGUUGCUCACUUUGCCAAAGAGUUCAAGCGCAAGUACAACAAGGACCUUUCUGAAAACCUGCGGGCCCUACAGAGGCUGAGGACAGCUUGCGAGAGGGCGAAGAGGGUUCUCUCGACCAAUACUAAGACCAAUGUGGACGUUGAGUGUCUGCACGAGGGAAUUGACUUUUACUCUAGCAUUACAUGCGCUAAAUUCGAGGAUCUCAACAUGAACCUGUUCGAAAAAUGCGCCGAGCCUGUAGAGAGCUGCCUGAGAGAUGCUGGGGUGGAGAAGGCUGCCAUCCAUGAUGUCGUUCUGGUUGGAGGCUCGAGCAGGAUUCCCAAGGUUCAGAAGAUGCUGCAGUUUAUUUUCGAGGGAAAGGAGCUGUGCAGGAGCAUUAACCCGGAUGAGGCUAUUGCGUACGGUACCGCCGUGCAUACAACCGUCCUACGUGGCAUAGGGGACGACAAGGUGCGGGACCUCGUACUCCUCGAUGUGACCCCUCUCUCACUAGGAGUGCACACUGUCGGGGAGGCCAUGUAUGUCGUGGUCCCGCGGAACACGACUGUCCCCACUCAGAAAGAGCGAACAUUGUACACAAAUGUAGAUAACCAGUCAUCUAUGAGACUCCCGGUCAACGAGGGCGAGCGAGCAAGGUCAACAAACAACAACCUGCUCGCGCAGUUCAUACUGAAUCCGAGCGAGAGCUGA